AUGAAUCAUACGAAAGAAGAAGUUGAUUUAGAAGAUGAAUUGAAUGAAAUUCUUCAACCUUCAAAUACGAAACCAAUCAAAUUUAAAAAAACGUCACGUUUUGUUAAGAAUCCGCCCAAACCCCAACGACCAAAACUCUCAUUUGACGAAGACCAUGAAGACGAUGAUGAUGAUAAUAAUGAGAAUACAGCACCCAAUCUAUCAUUCUCCAAGAUAAAACCAUCUGGGAUUAAGUUCACCAAGGACAGAAAUAAAAUAGAAUCAGAUGAAAAUCCAAGCAAAUCAUCAUCUCCUGGUAUUCGAGAUUUAUCUAAAUAUAGAACGCUACAAGCAACGGAAACAGCAACAGCAACAGCAACGGCAACAGAGGACGAAGAAGAAGAGGACGAUGAUGAUAUUGAAAUAGUGAUAGAUCAAGAAAACCCGGAAAACAACCCCGUCUUUGAGAAUAUGCAUGGCUUCAGUUUCCAAAUGCCACCAAGGCUACUGGGGUUUCAAUUUCAAGCACCUCAACCAAACAAUAAGAACUACCAAUUGCCUGAAAGUACAUUUGGAAAGUUUGCUCACUCAAUACCGGGGCUUUCUAAUAGCGGAAACCCUUCCAUUCGACAGCUUGCCAGUGAUCUCGGACAGGAAUAUAAGGAUGUAUAUAAUUAUGAUGAUGGAACUGGGAAACAAGAACCAGAUAAGUUAGAGAUAGACCAGGACAAUGAUAAUGAUUUUGAACUUGAUGAUGAAGAUGCUGGAUUGUAUAAUCCACAAAGGAACAGAUUUGAUCGAAGACGGUAUGAUUUGGAACUUAGUGAAGAUGAUCUUCAAGAGGAAGAAGAAGAAGAGGGGAAAAAGAGUUCAGUUAAGGUUUUGCCAUUGAAAGAACAAAUAAAGAGAUUGACAGCUAUGUUAGCAAACCUAGAAGAUUUGCUGAAGAAAUAUGAAGUACAAUCUGAGAAAUUACUUCAACAAAAACAAGAAGUUUUUGCAAAGAAACAACAAAUCUUAGCUAAUUUAGACCUUUGA